GGGUCACUCAACCUUCUAGAAACCCCGAGGGAUGUUCUGUUGGAGCGUGGCACAAGUGGAACGGGAACGAGGGAGGGAACGCAUAAAGCCACCCUGGAACUGGUACUCCAUUUCCCAGGACACUUCCAGGGGGAACACGCUUUUUCUUCUUGGCGGCUUGUGCCCCAGUGGAUUGUGGGAAUUGUAGUUCAAAGGACGUCGACCUUAAACUACCCAACUCUUCUGAGCAUCUUCAGGGUAGUUCCCUCCUGUCACCCACCAGACCUAAAUCUAGACAGUCUGCAGGGGCGGGGUGUGAGACUCUGAUCGAGUGGACAUCCUGUGACUCGCCCAAGCAGAGACGCUUGCAAAUUACAGGCCCUAUGCCCUCCCUUAGGGGGUUUGAGGUUGAGUAACUCAGCACUUGAAGCUCAUAAACAAGACGUGGAGAGGCCACCAACUGGAGCUUACCCAUCAGUGUGAGGCUUCGCACAGGUGUGUAAACUGCUGAGCAUGGAGCUACAGGAGAAGCUGAGUCAAACUGGCCGGUCACGAGAGGUGCUGGAGCUGGGGCAGGUGCUAGACACAGGCAAGAGGAAGAGGCAUGUGCCUUACAGCAUUUCUGAGACCAGGCUGGAAGAGGCUAUGGAGGACGUGUGUGAGCGGAUCCUGGAUUACAGUGUCCAUGCUGAGCACAAAGGAUCACUGAGAUAUGCCAAGGGUCAGAGUCAGACCAUGGCAACACUGAAAGGCCUGGUGCAGAAGGGAGUGAAAGUGGAUCUGGGAAUCCCCCUGGAGCUGUGGGAUGAGCCUAGUGUGGAGGUCUCAUUCCUCAAGAAACAGUGCGAGAUGAUGCUGGAGGAAUUUGAAGAUGUCGUGGGAGACUGGUACUUCCACCACCAGGAGCAGCCCCUACAGCAUUUUCUCUGUGAAGGUCAUGUGCUCCCAGCCUCUGAAACUUCUUGUCUCCAGGAAACUUGGACUGAACAGGAGAAGAUCGGAGGUGGGCAAGAGAAGGAGCAGGAGGAGGAAGAAGAAGGGAUGACCAGGACAACAGAAGACCCCAAGCAUGACCCAGAAGAGCUGUGACCCUUGCCUUUGAGCCCCCAGCAGGGGUCCCAGAGAACCCCCUUAAAGUCUGAGAUCUCCCUGCCCCCACAGCUAUAAGGGUACUUGUGAGUGACCUCAUCCUAGGGUGUAUAACUCCUCUCCAUAUGGUCUCGGGCAGGAUCUUGUAGAUACAGGGUUGCGUGACUGCAGCAAGAAUUGUGGGAGAGUAGGUGGCUGUCCUGCUUCUAUAGGUGAGCCAUAUCUAGCUUCUUAAGUUGAUACGUGUGUGUGUGUGUGUGUGUGUGUGUGUGUGUGUGUGUGUGUGUUGACAGUAUUGAAGCUUUCCUCUGCAAAUACCUCUAGCUGGUUCUCACCUGUCACCCAGCGGCAUGGAGCUGGAUGGUGCGAUGAAAGAGGUCUAUUUUCUUAGACCUUUAUGAGAGGUUAUGGGGGCCAGGGUGUGAAUCAGUUGGUGAGAGCUUGCCUAGCAUGCACAAAGCCUUAGAUUCAGUCCCCAGCAGAGCAUAAAACAGCAUGGUGGUGCAGGCCUGUAAUCCCAGAAUUCGAGGUGGAGGCAGAAGGAUCAGGAGUUCAAGGCCAUCCUCAGCAACAAAGCAAGAUUGAGGCCAGCCGGGGCUACAUGACAUUCUGUCUCACAAAAGAAAAAGAAAAGGCUAGAACUGACAUUUUCAACAGCCUGCAGCCAGGAAGCUGCCUACCAGCAAAGCUCUGUGUGAGGCAGGACACUGGAUGUGGGUGAUGCGUGGUGGUGAAGCACUGCUCUCAGGUGGGGUAGAUACUUGGUUUACUUCAUAUGAAUUUCACAGGUGCCAAAUUUUCUAUAUUGCUAUUAAACUUAUUUUUUAGUUUUUAAAACCUUA